AUGGCUGCUACUCCCACCCUAUGCCCAACUGAUCCAAACUCAUUUGCAAACUCGCAUGAGGCCAUUAUUCGUCAUACUCACUUGAACCUGACUACUGACUUUGAUGCCAAGAUCCUUCAUGGAUUUGUUGAACACACUGUUAGUAUUGUUGCAGCUUCUGGAGCCAACAAAGUUGUUUUGGAUUCUUCCUAUGUUGAUGUGAAAUCGGUCGUUAUUGCAACUGAUUCGACUUCAUUAAAGUUUGAGGUGGCUUCCCGUCAUGAUCUGUUUGGAUCAGCAUUGACGAUCUACUUUGGAUCUACUCUUGCAUGCGACCAAAAAGUUAUUGUUCGCAUCGAGUAUUCCACUACUUCCAAAUGCACUGCUCUUCAAUGGCUCAAUCCCAGUCAAACUGUGGGCAAAACAUACCCUUAUUUGUUCUCUCAAUGUCAAGCCAUUCAUGCGCGCAGUCUUCUUCCUUGUCAGGACACUCCCAGUGUCAAACAUACUUAUUCGGCCGAACUCACUGUUCCCGCUGAACUUCGUGCCUUGAUGAGUGCCGUCAAUGCCGGCGAGUCCAGCAGUGCAUCUGCUAAACACAAGACCUUCAAGUUUGAGCAAAAGAUUAGCAUUCCUUCCUAUCUGAUUGCCAUUGCUGUAGGAAAUAUUCAUGGAAAACGAGUUGGUCCUAGAUCUACUGUUUGGUCUGAGCCUGAGGUUGUCGAGGCAGCUGCCUGGGAAUUUGCUGAUACCGAAUCCUUUAUCAAAACCGGUGAAGACUUGCUUACUCCAUAUGUAUGGGGAGUCUACGACUUACUUUUGCUUCCGGCAUCUUUUCCAUUCGGAGGUAUGGAAAACCCAUGUCUUACUUUUGUCACCCCUACGCUUCUGGCAGGCGAUCGCUCGCUUGUCGAUGUGGUUGCCCACGAGAUUGCCCAUAGCUGGAUGGGUAAUCUCGUCACAACUCAAAACUGGGAACACUUUUGGCUUAAUGAAGGAUUUACCGUUUUCAUCGAACGUAAGAUUGCUGGUCGAUUGCAUGGUGAGCCUGUUCGCCAUUUUGAUGCCAUUAUUGGCAUGAAAAGUCUUCGCGAAGCCGUGGAACACUAUGAGGAAUCGGGUCAUAUGGAAUACACCUGUCUUUGCCCCAAAAUGACUGGCCAGGAUCCUGAUGAUGCUUUUUCUUCUGUACCGUAUGAAAAAGGAUUCAAUCUGCUGUUUUAUUUGGAAAAACUCGUUGGAGGACCUGCUGUAUUUGAGCCAUAUGUCAAAGCUCAUGUAGAGAAAUUCUCGCACAAGUCUAUUACCACUGCAGAUUUCCACAAAUUUCUUUUCGAGUAUUUUGGAAAAGUUGAAAACGGAAGCAAACUUUCAGUACUACAUGCUGUUGACUGGGACUCGUGGUUUAAUAAGCCAGGAAUGCCGGUUGUGGAAAAUGAAUUUGAUGCAUCACUUGCCCAUGCGUGCGAAGAUUUGGCUAAAAGAUGGAACUUGUCUCGCAAAGAAUCCGAUCCCAAGUUUGAUGCAGCGGAGUUUUCUAAACUAGACUCAAACCAAAAAGUGAUGUUUUUAAAGAAACUUUUAGACAUGCCUGCUUUUGAAGCACACACUCUUGAUGCCAUGGAUCGCAUAUACAGUCUAUCAUUGAUAAAAAAUGCAGAGGUCAAGUUUUGCUGGCAGAUGCUUUGCUUGUCCAGCGAACUUGAGCGUAUUUUCCCAGAGGUUGUCGAGUUUAUCAGCCAAGUGGGUAGAAUGAAAUUUGUUCGACCGCUCUAUCGUGCACUCUAUAAAUGCAAGAACGGCGCCGAACUCUCCAAAUCUACCUUUUUGAAACAUCGAGAUUUUUACCAUCCCAUUUGUGCUGGCAUGGUUGCUAAAGAUCUUGGACUUUGAUCUGAUACUGCAAUAUUGAAUGAAUGGUUUCAAAUG